AUGGGAUCCGGAAAGGAUAUUGUUGAUCUUUCGGAUCCUAUUGUAUCAGAAAGGGAAAAUUUCUACCUUUCUGGACCUCUGCACCUGACGACAGUCGAUUGGUCGAAUCCCGACCACCGGAGAUCGAUCACCGCUUGCCUUGUCCAGUCCGUCUACAUCCUCGAACGCGACCGGCAGGAAAACCGGACUGGGGCCCACGCCCUCGCCCCUCCUUGGUUCGAAACCUUUGGCUUCCAGCUGUACCGCCAGCUCAUUGACGACACCGACUCCUCCAUAUUUGGCGCCAUUUUCCGCCUCGACUACCACCCCACCUCCGCCUUCCACCCCUCUGCCCCCCGCCACGUCCUCGCCUUCCGAGGCACAAUCACCAAAGGGAACGCGUUCACGCGCGACCUCGAGCUCGACAUCCACAUCGUCAGAAACGGGCUCCACCACACGUCUCGUUUCGAGACGGCCAUACAAGCCGUCCGCCACGUCAUCUCGACUUUCGGGAGCUCCGGCGUAUGGCUCGCCGGCCACUCCCUUGGGGCCGCCAUGGCACUUCUCGCCGGAAAAAACACGGCCAAGACCGGAGCUUUCCUCGAUGCCUUCCUUUUCAACCCUCCGUUCUUUUCAGCACCGAUCGAGACCAUCAAGGACAAAAAGGUGAAGCACGGGAUACGUUUCGCGGGGAGCGUGAUCACGGCCGGGUUAGCCUUCGCAAUGAAAAACAACAUAGUCAAUACGAAUCAUAAUAACAAUGGUAAUAAUCGUAAUAAUAGUUUCGAGGCUUUGGUCGGGUGGUUUCCGGGGAUUUUUGUGAACCCGUCGGACCACAUAUGCUCGGAAUACAUGGGGUACUUCGAGCAUCGGGAAAGGAUGGAGGAGAUUGGUGUUGGGAAUAUCGAGCGGCUGGCGACACAGCACUCGAUCGGGGGAUUGCUGUUGAGUGCGGUAGGAAAAAGGCCGGUGGAGGAGCCUCUUCACCUGUUGCCAUCGGCUAUUUUGUCGGUUAACCGGAAUCCGGCGAGGGACUUUAAGGAUGCACAUGGGAUUCAUCAGUGGUGGAGGGAGAGCCUGUCCUUGGAGACCAAAAGGUUGGAUGCACAUGGGAUUCAUCAGUGGUGGGUUAAGAUUUUGUUGUUUGGUGUGAGGACUUUUGUGAUCUGUGAUGUAUUGGGCUUUGGUGUUGGGAAGGCCCAAAAAUGUAAUGGUAGAUGCAUAAGUCCAUUUUGA